CAAAACCCUCAGAAAAAUGGAAAAGAUGGAGGACAACAAAACCAACCUCUCCGAGAAACAAAAGGGAGGAAUGUUCACCAUGCCCUUCAUCUUUGGAAAUGAGGUCUGUGAGAAGUUGGCUGUGGUUGGCUUUAGUACUAAUAUGAUAAGCUACUUAACCACGCAGCUACAUAUGCCCUUAACCAAAGCAGCCAACACCCUCACCAACUUUGGUGGCACGGCCAGCUUGACCCCUUUGCUUGGAGCUUUCAUCGCCGAUUCAUUCGCUGGACGUUUCUGGACCAUAACAAUUGCAUCCAUCAUAUACCAAGUGGGAAUGACAUCCUUAACUUUAUCGGCAAUAUUACCACAACUAAGGCCGCCGCCAUGCACUGGUGAUCAAGUGUGCAAAGAAGCCGACGCCGGACAGCUGGGAAUCCUUUACACAUCUCUCCUCUUUGGAGCGUUAGGGGCAGGCGGGAUCCGACCGUGCGUGGUGUCUUUCGGGGCAGACCAAUUCAGCGGAACGGAUCCAAAGCAAGUAACCCGAACAUGGAAGUAUUUCAAUUGGUACUAUUUUGUUAUGGGGGCAUCAAUGCUAGUGGCCGUAACGGUGCUAGUUUACAUCCAAGACAAUGUUGGAUGGGGAUGGGGACUUGGAAUUCCGACUGUUGCAAUGUUUCUCUCAAUCAUUGCUUUUAUUAUUGGGUACCCACUUUACCAGCACCUGGACCCUUCCGGAAGUCCGUUUACCCGGUUGUUGCAGGUGGCGGUGGCGGCUUUCAGGAAGAGGAAAUUGGCGGUUCCAGACCCUGAGUUACUAUACAAGAACGAAGAGAUGGAUGCCUCCAUUGCUUUGGAAGGAAAUCUUGUCCACACCAAACAAAUUACAUUUCUAGAUAAGGCAGCUAUCGUGACAGAAGAAGACAACACAAAAUCUCCCAAUCUAUGGAGAUUAAACACUAUUCAUCGAGUGGAAGAACUGAAAUCUGUGAUCAGAAUGGGACCAAUAUGGGCAUCUGGGAUCCUGCUCAUCACAGCCUAUGCUCAACAAAGCACCUUUUCCCUCCAGCAAGCCAAGACCAUGGACCGACACCUCAGCAAGUCCUUUGAGAUCCCUGCCGGAUCCAUGUCCGUCUUUACCAUGGCCUCCAUGCUGGCCACGGUCGUCAUCUACGACCGCGUCUUCGUCCACGUCGCCCGCCGCUUCACGGGGCUCGACCGUGGCAUCACCUUCUUGCAGCGGAUGGGGAUAGGCUUAGUCAUUUCGAUAUUAGCCACUCUGGUUGCUGGCUUCGUGGAAGUGAAGCGGAAAAAGGCGGCUUUCGCCCAUGGGCUUGAAGAUAAGGCCCAUUCCAUCAUCCCCAUUUCAGUGUUCUGGCUAGUCCCACAGUACAGCCUACAUGGGAUAGCUGAAGCAUUCAUGUCAAUCGGUCACAUGGAAUUUUUCUACGACCAGUCACCGGAGAGCAUGAGGAGCACCGCCUUUGCUCUGUUUUGGCUAUCGAUUUCCAUGGGAAAUUAUGUGAGUACCCUUUUGGUUUCCUUAGUGCACAAGUUCAGUGCGAAGCAGGACGGUUCGAAUUGGCUGCCGGACAACAACUUGAACAAAGGAAAGUUGGAGUACUUUUAUUGGUUAAUUACUUGCUUGCAGGUUUUUAAUCUUAUUUACUACCUUUGUUGUGCCAAGAAAUACACACUUAAGCCAAUCCAGUUUCAAAGUAAAGAGAGUGACUCCGAAGAAGGUAGAUCAGUAGAGCUUGCCAAUAAAGUUUAAUUUAUUGGUUUGGAUCUUGUACAUAAAAAUGCUUCCUGCUUUUCUCUUUUGCUUUGUCAAGGUAGCGUCUUCUCUUUCCCCAGUGAUAGAUAAAGUAGCUAGGCCAGACGUCUAAGUAGUUUUUUUCUUUUCUUUUUUUUUUUUUCUUUUUUAUAAGGGCAAUGGUUAGUAUGUUAGUAUUGUUAGAUGUUAGUAACUGGGGAUCGAGAUCUGGUGAACAGUCCACCAACCUCAAUGGAGCGCGUGGCAAUCGGGCCGUUUGGUGGAAUUCGACGUCUAAGUAGAUAUGUAUCAUUAAUAUAGGCCUGUAAAAAUACUUAAUAAUGAAGGAACUUGACA